AUGCAGGGACGAUUAGACAAUCGUUCAACGCUAGGUGCUUCGCUGGGGAAGCCCGUUAUCUUACCUAGACGACACCCGGUCACGGAUCUGAUUAUUAAGGACUUCCAUGAGCGAUAUUGUCAUCAGAGCCAUGGAACGGUGGUGAGCCAACUCCGAUCGCGGUACUAUAUACCGAAGAUUUUGGUGGAGUUCAAUCGGGUUAGGCGCGGCUGCCAGAGCUGCAAGAUUAGGAACGCUGUACCUAAUCCACCCCUGAUGGGGAACAUUCCCCGGCAGAGAAUUGCGGUGAACCAGCGAGCGUUCACAUACACCGGGCUGGAUUAUUUUGGACCAAUACUCGUGGUCGUGGGACGACAUUCCGAGAAGCGCUGGGGAGCGCUAUUCACUUGCCUCACGACAAGAGCCAUUCACCUCGAAUUGGCAUACGCACUAACGACUGCUUCAUGUAUUUUAGCGAUCCGUCGAUUUAUCGCCAGAAGAGGUCCUCCUAGGGAAAUAAUCAGCGAUCGGGGCACUAAUUUCGUGGGCGCGGCGAGAGAACUCAACAUCGCCCUGAAGGAUGUGGACGAAGACGCUCUUAAAACGAGAUUCAGCGGGCCAGUGCUGAAGUGGAGAUUCAACCCGCCGGCAGCACCUCAUUUCGGCGGCACUUGGGAGCGUCUUGUGCAAUCGGUAAAGAAGAUACUGUGCAGUUUCAAUUUACCGCGUCUACCAACAGAUGAGAUAUUGAUGUCAACGUUAACGGAGGUGGAAAUGAUGAUCAACUCAAGGCCACUUACCUACGUGCCGCUCGACGAGGAAUGGGACUGUCCAAUAACGCCGAACCACCUGCUACUAGGAAGCCCUGACGGGAGCAAACAAGCCGUUUGUUUGGACGACUCACCGACAGCGAUACGGACGUCGUGGGGUGCCCUGCAAGUGAACGCGGAUAUAUUCUGGAAGCGGUGGAUUGCAGACUACCUACCAACGCUCACCCGCAGGACGAAAUGGUUCCACCCGGUGCCACCGAUUAAAGAGGGAGACGUGGUGGUGGUCGUGGAUGGGAACCUGCCUCGGAACACUUGGCCGAUGGGACGUGUAUUAGAAGUGACCCGUGCGAAGGACGGCCAGGUUAGGCGAGCGAAAGUGCGAACGGCAAGCGGGAUUUUAGAAAGACCGGCAACGAAAUUAGCGGUGCUAGAUAUUGUAGGGAGCAGUUAA